CUCUCUCUUUCUACACCGCCCACUCCUUCCCAACCAUUGAUCCGACCACUCACCGCCGCCUCGCCGGCUUCUUCGCCUCAUUACAUCGCCCGCUGCGCUUUUCUGCAUUUUUUUAGGGAGAAGAAACCGCACACAUUUUGGAACCCUCUCUCAAAAAAAAAAAAAACCCAAAACACAAAAAACAAAACAAAAAAAAAAAACAACCCAAAACAAAAUAGGAAGAAAAAUCUAUUACCAUCAUGGCGAGCACCGAGGAUAAAGCGGCCAACAAGGAGAAGGCGUCCAGCUGGAAGGACUCCAUCUACAACCCGAGGACCGGGGAGCUGCUGGGUCGCACAGCCAGCAGCUGGGCCCUCAUCCUCUUGUUCUACUUGGUUUUCUACUGUUUCUUGGCUGGCAUGUUCGCCCUGACCAUGUGGGUGAUGCUGCUCACUCUGGAUGACUAUGUGCCGAGGUACAGAGACCGUGUUCCCCAUCCAGGCUUGGUGAUUCGUCCAAAUUCACUGGACAUCACAUUCAACAAAUCUGACCCCCUCAAGUAUUCGCAAUAUGUCCAACACCUGGACUCCCUCCUGAAAGACUAUGAUGAUGCACUGCAGGAGAAGAAUGAGGACUGCACUCCAGGAGAUUAUUUUCUGCAGGACAACACAGAGGAAAUGACAAAGAAAGUUUGUCGCUUCAAGAGAGGCUCCCUGAGUUUUUGCUCUGGCCUUUCUGACACCAGCUUUGGAUAUUCUGAGGGAAAACCCUGCGUGCUGCUGAAAAUGAACAGGAUCAUUGGCCUGAUGCCCCGUGGGGACCCCUUUAUCAACUGCACAGUAAAAAAGGAGAGCCCAGUUCAAAUGCAAUAUUUCCCCAGGGAGGGGCGGAUUGAUAAGAUGUAUUUCCCCUACUACGGCAAGAAAGCUCAUGAGAAUUACGUGCAGCCCCUGGUGGCUGUGAAGCUGCUGCUCACCAAGGAGGACUACAACAAGGAGCUGACGGUGGAGUGCAGGGUAGAUGGCUCCGACCUCAACAACAACGACGACAGAGAUAAGUUCCUGGGCCGUGUCACCUUCAGGAUCAAGGUGGUCGAGUAAAAGAGAAGACAGCCUGUAAAAAGGAAACCCGGUGCAGAGGCUGCCCACGUUUGCUAAGGAUUUAUGUUUAAAGAAUUAGAAAGAAAAAAAAAAGGAAGGAAGGAAGUGUCAAAUACGUCACAAAAACUGCAUUUUGGGAUGUGGC